AUGAAUGAUAAUAGUUUUUUAUUUCUUGAUAAAAUUUGGAGAAAUAAUUAUUUAAAGAAUUAUAUCCUCCAAGAACUUGAAAAAAAUUUAGAUUACAUAAUAACCUCAAACACAAAGCAUUUAAUACUAUCAAAGUAUAAUCAAUCAUUAUUUAUUCAAUCAAAUGAUCCACUAUUAAAAAACAUUUCAAUAAUACCAAAUUUUAUUACAAAUUUAGAAUUAGAUACCUAUAAUGAAGAAUUUCAACCAGGUGUACUACCAGAUUCACUUACGAGAUUAACAACACAAAAAUUCAAUAAAACAAUAAAAGUUGGUGAUUUACCUAAUUCUUUAAGAUUUUUAGAAUUGGGUAGAGAUUUUAACCAAGAAAUCAUUCCAUCAUCAUUACCAAAUAGUAUUACAUUUUUAAAGUUUUCUUUUCGAUUUAAUCAAGAACUUGCACAAAAUAGUUUACCAACUUCACUAAAGAGUUUAGAGCUAUCUUAUUACUUUAAUCAAACAAUUAAUGUAGGUGUUCUUCCGUUAGGUCUAGAGACUUUAAUACUGGGUCAACAUUUUAAUAGGGAGAUAGAAAGAGGUGUACUACCAGAUAGCAUAACAGUGCUACACCUGGGUGAAUAUUAUAACCAAGAUUGUUUAAAGCUUAAUCUUCCACCAAAUCUAAAAAAACUUUUUUUCUCUCUUAUGUUUAAUCAACCAACAAUUCCACCAAAUUGGCUUUCAAGUAGCAAAUCAAUAGACUCAUUAAAGUUUGGUUAUCUAUUCAAUGGCCUCCUAUUAAAAGACACUAUUCCAGAAACUAUUACCGAACUCUUUUUUGGUGUUAACUUUAACCAACCCCUAAAUGAAACCUCUCUACCAAAUAGCAUCACCAAUCUCUCUUUAUCAUACCACUUUAACUCGGAAAUCAAUGCAUUACCAUCAAAUCUAAAGAGACUAACCAUUUAUGGACUUUUUAAACAACCAUUUAAACAAAAUAUUUUCCCAAACACCCUAGUUUCCCUCGACUUA